CAAUUACAAGGCUCACGACGGUUUUUGUGCAGUAUUUGGAGCUGAAAAACUUAGUUUCUUGUAAAUAAAAAGAAGCUAUGGUUGUACUACAUAAAGUGGUCCACCUCUGUUGAUAUACCUGUAGUGGACCAAUUGUCCGGAGCAUACAUUUUCUACAUGAUGUGAACCAUGGAAUGAAGAGGUCCAACAACCCUUAAAUCGGUUCCCAAACAAAGAGUAAAGUCUACUUUCCCAUAGUCGACAUUGACAAACAAACAGAAAAGCAUGGCAGGCAAAAAGGUCCAAUUUGACAGCCCUUCUGAUGAUGGUACACUGCUUUCUCAGCCUGUGUAUCACUCCACGGCAGCCCUCGGUCACCAGCUGAAGACUCUAAAGCAGAUGGAGUUCGAUGCCGAGGGGACCGUGCUCAAGGCUCUGGAGAAGUCCGAAAUGGCUAGAAUCAACUUUGCCGAGAAGAUUGCCGAAGGUGUUAAUGUCUCCAAGAAAAAGAACAAAUAUUCAGGUCUGGUCAGUGUUGAUGUACCAGUAGAGGCAACUUUAGCACAGGAGGUGGAGGAGAGAUUGAGCAGACUAAACACCAACAGUAAAAAGCCCUGGCGUAAACCAACCAAGGCAUCAGAUGUUCCCCCUCCAAAUAUAAUGAAUGUGUUCACCCCUGACCUGAUAUUGGAAGAACCAAUUCUGCACGUACCCGCAUUGACCUUGCAGGAAAUCCGAGCAAAGCCGUGUUCACCAGAAUCAACCUUUGACCUCUACAGGCACAUGCAGUGUUGGGAUUCAUAACAAAGAGUGCAGUGCUAUAAAGGUAAUGGUGCAAUAAGUAUGUUAAUUAUUUUCAACAAAUUCAAGGAAGUAAAGAGUUUCCACUGUGACUGUGUUGUAACGAUAGGAGUAUGGGUUGUUCUUUGUCAACGUAUGCUUAUUUAUAAGCAAAAUGAUAAAAGAAGCUGAAAACAGUGUCUACUUGAUGAGAUAACGGCAAAAACUGUCGUGGUAUAGACCAAUCUGACGCGCACCGGGCGCCCAAGUGUUGAGCACCGCGCGCCAUUUGCUGCGGUGUCUUCAAUGCCUAGAUUGUGCAAAAAAAAGACACCGCAGUUGGUAAUUUUCAAUAGAGGGCGCACCCAAUUUUUUUUUCGGCGGAUUGGUCUAUUAUCACAAGAAUGUUGAAUCCAUUUACGUUUAGCAAGGUGACAGUGGGUACCAGCCGCAUCUCUGGAAAUUUGGAAAGGGAAAAAGAUAAAAGAUAUUGUGUCCCUUGAAAAAUCUAGGGUGCAAGAGAAAAAGACAACAUCAGACCAGCGGUUCUGGCCGUGUGAAUGACUUUGCACGCCAAGUCAUAUGGGAAAGAGGCAAACGUAUUACAGACACAUCCUUUCGUGACACAUAAACUUUGUGAAAAGUGAGCUACAGCAGGGUUUCUAAUACUGCAAUUAUUAGAUAAAACCCCUGUAAACAAUGUUCAUUGUCUUGGCUAAUAUGUUUCUGAUUUUAAUAUGAACUAUGUGGGAGCGGAAAUUCCUCAUUGUCACAUCAAUUUAUGCUGCAGUCCUUUGAAGCUUUUUAGAAGGACACUAGAUAAAUCGACUAUUAUUGGUUGCCUUAAAGACAGUGGAAACUAUUGGUAAUUGUCAAAGAUUAGUCUUCACAGUU